AGAAGUGGUUUGGGCUGUACAAUUAACGUUACCAAGGAGGGUUACAGAGAGGGAAAAAUAAGUAAAGUGGCCGUUUGCAGAUUUAACAAAUGUGUAAACAUUUCGGGAACAAUCGACUGUGGACAUUUGAGAAUCUGUUCGCGGCAUUGUAAUUCUGGGAUCUGAGUAGCGGUCUGGAGAAGACACAGUAGCCUUUUUGAACUGUGAAAGUUGAGGUGCUUUACAGCUAGCUCCAACUAGCUACGUGCAGCUGUGAAAAAACACUUUGCUUGCUGCUAAACAGUGAACGCAACACGGAGCUGGGAAGACCUUUUUACUGGCUCCGUUCGUGUUAAGGGGCUUGCUUAUGAAUUAACGUUAUGUCUGCCACAAGCAUUGACCCUCAGAGACCAAAGGGACAAGCAUCUAAAGUACAAAAUGGAUCUCUCCAUCAGAAGGACACUGUUCAUGACAACGACUUUGAACCGUACCUGCCCGGCCAGUCCACUCAGAACAACAGUUACCAGUCCAUGACCGACCCGUACCUGUCCAGCUACUACGCCCCUUCCAUCGGGUUCCCGUACCCCCUGAGCGAGGCGCCCUGGUCUACGGGCGGGGACCCCCCCACCAUGCCCCCCUACCUGACGCCCUACGGACCCCUGAGCAACGGCGAGCACCACUUCAUGCACGACACCACGGUGUUCGGGCAGCCGGGGGGGGGGCUGGGCGGCAGCAUCUACCCCCCCCCCCACCACCACCGCUUCAACUUCUUCCCCGAGAACCCUGCCUUCUCCGCCUGGGGGGGCACCAGCGGCUGCGGCUCCUCUCAGGGCGGCCAGACGCAGAGCUCGGGGUACGGGGGGGGCAGUUACAGUUACCCCCCCAGCUCCCUGGGCGGCACCCUGGUGCCCGACGGGCAGAGCGGUUUCCACGGCGACACGCUGAGCAAGGCCCCGGGCAUGAACAACAGCCUGGAGCAGGGCAUGCUGGGGCUGAAGAUCGGCGGCGUGGGGGGCGACAUCAUCGCCCCGGGGUCGGGGGUCAAGGCCGUGGGCUCCGUGAUCGGUGGAGGCGGCGGCGGUGGUGGUGGGCCCUCCAUCGCCACGGGCAACAACGGCACGAUGCCCAUCGGCAUGGCGCUGCCCUCCAACAAGCCCGCGUCCUGGGCGGCGGUCGCCAGCAAGCCCGCCAAGCCGCCGCAGCUGAAGGCCAAGAGCAAAGGCGGCGUUGGCGUUGGCGUUGGCGUUGGUGUGGGCGUCGCCCCCCUCGGCUGUGCCCUGCCGCCGCCGCCCAUCAAACACAACAUGGACAUCGGCACCUGGGACAGCAAGGGGCCCGUGGGCAGAGUGGCAUCCCCCCCGCCCCACGAGCUGCAGCUGCAGCAUCAGCUCCAGCAUCAGCACCAGCAUCAGCAUCAGCACCAACUCCAGCAUCAGCAUCAACAUCAGCAUCAGCACCAGCACCAGCAUCAUCCCCACCAACACUCCCACCCCCACCAGCACCCGGAGCAGCAGUCCCCUCAGCCUCUCCCCAACUCCCACUCCCACUCCCACUCCCUCCCCCUCCCCCCACCCCCCCUCCAGCAGCCCCAGUCCCUGGUCCAAUCCCAGCUGCCCCCACUGGCCCUUCCCCCCCCCUCCGGUCCUCACCACCAGCCCCCCCCGCAGCCGUACCAGAACCACAGCCAGCCCCCACUCGCCCAGACGCGCUGGGUCGCCCCGCGCAACCGUAACCCCGGCUACGGCCAGAGCUGCGGAGGAGGCGGGCCGGGCGUGCUGGAUGGCGGGGGGUCGCUGCCGCUCGGCGUGCUGGGGGGGGGGCCGGGGGCGUUCGGGGUGGGGGGGGGCGCCGCGGAGCCACACCCGGUGCUGGAGAAGCUUCGCUCCACCCACAGCUACAACCCCAAGGACUUCGACUGGAACCUGCUCGGCGGCGGCCGCGUCUUCAUCAUCAAGAGCUACUCGGAGGACGACAUCCACCGCUCCAUCAAAUACUCCAUCUGGUGCAGCACGGAGCACGGCAACAAGCGUCUGGACGCCGCCUUCCGCUCCUCCUCCUCCAAGGGCCCCGUCUACCUGCUCUACAGCGUCAACGGCAGCGGCCACUUCUGCGGCGUGGCGGAGAUGCGCUCGCCCGUGGACUACAGCACCAGCGCGGGCGUGUGGGCGCAGGACAAGUGGAAGGGCAAGUUCGACGUGGCGUGGCUCUUCGUCAAGGACGUGCCCAACGGCCAGCUGCGCCACAUCCGCCUGGAGAACAACGACAACAAGCCCGUCACCAACUCGCGCGACACGCAGGAGGUGCCGCUGGACAAGGCCCGGCAGGUGCUCAAGAUCAUCGCCGCCUACAAACACACCACCUCCAUCUUCGACGACUUCUCCCACUACGAGAAGCGGCAGGAGGAGGAGGAGGAGGUGCGCAAGAACUUUCAACCAGAACCUGCACCCAUCCAGAACCGGUCUCGAUUGGAUCAGGAGCGCCAGAAUAGAAAUAAACCAUAGAAGAGCGCCUCGCCCAGCUUCAACACUUACAUUGAGGACUGACUUUCCUUUCAAGAGGAACACAGAAGAAUGAAAAUUGAAAUCAAAUUCUUAUUUUUUUUCCUUAUUUAAUCUUGGAGAAUUUCCGCCAACGUUGUGACUGCAGCUUGUGUGCUCCAGAUACCUCCUCCUGUGCAGGGAUAUAGCAAGCGGAGUGGGAGUGCCCCAAAUCACCGCUCUUUUUCUCUUAGGCGCUUUUAUUUCUCUUCCCUUUAUGUACGCUUGUCCCGCCCCUCUUGCUGCCUUCCUCUCCCUCUUAGCCAAUCAGGGUUUAACAGCUCCCUCUUAGCCAAUCAGGGUUUAACAGCACCAAUGAAGAGAAUCUGACAUGUAAUCUUUUUCCCCUAUGUUAAAUCACGGAACUGACCUGUACUGCUCCUUCUUGUCCACUAAGGGGCAGUGUUGCCAUUCUUCAGAGGUUGAGCUGUGUGUGCCAACGAGACUCAGGGUGCUCACUCCCCGCAUCACUGUUACACGACAGGAAGAGACCCACGUCUCGGAUCCCAACGCAUCUUUGUUUCUUUUCUGUCGAGAAGGAAAACAUGACGGCGUAUUUAUUUACUCUGAGCCUUAAGGAUUUUUUGUUUUUCUUCUGUACUUUGCGAUGACUCUUCUUAAAAAAAAAAUAAAGAAACUGACAGAACAGGAGCAAUCAGGGAAACUGAGGGAGAGCUCUCAGACUUUUGGACACUUACGAGGCACAGAAGACUGUUGUUGGCGCUGGGAUGGUUUGUUCUGGUCCUGAUGUGUUACUCUUGUGUUAUCCACCUGUGUGCGUGUGUGUGUGAGCGUGUGUGUGUGUGUCUGUGUGCGUGUGCGUGUGUGAGCGUGUGUUCAGCGGUGUAAAAGGACUCGGAGCAAGUGUCGUGGGAAAAAAAUAAGUAUGUGAUCUGAAGACAAUGUUCUACUCUAGUUGGAAAGUAUGUAGCAUACACAGACGUAAACAAGUGAGAUUUUAUUGUUAGAAAGCGAUGUGAUGACUUUGCCAUGUUGAAUGCCUGUGUUCAUAUCUUCACUGUUAACCCUAACUCAUGGUUGUUGUGUUUCCUCCGUUGAGCCCUCACCAGGUCAUUUCAUGCCCUUUCUGUGCUAGAUGUUAUUGCCCCUUUGUCUCUCCGGAAUGCCUGGCGUUAAUGUAGCUGCUUCUAGCAAUGGUGAAAGCCUUACUCGUAACCUAAACAUCAACGGAACUGACACCUAAGUUGAGCAAGGAUGAGUUGGUGGGAGGUUUGAGGUUUUUUUGUUUGUUUGUUUGUUUGUUUGUUUGUUUUUUCUUUCUGGAUGGAAAAUGCUGCUAGUUCCUUGUACUGUUAAUUCUAUACGGUGUUUAGGAUUUGAGCUAAUUCCAAAUAGGUAGGCAGUGACAGAAAGACAAAUAACUUGCGCAGGAAUUUUUACGAUUGAUCACUGAUUUUCUUUGGCUGGGCAGAUGCCAGGACAGUAGGAGCGCGCGUCCCCAUCAGGAGUGUGUGGAGGAUCGCCAUGGCAACAUCAGGUCUAUACACAGUGUGCGGAGGAUGGGCGUGAGUGCAGGCGCUCCUCUACCCAUUCAGCAACAGCACACACACAUAGGAAAGCGCCUACCAUUCAGCACACACACACACACACACACAUAGGAAAGCGCCUACCAUUCAGCAACAACACACACACACAUAUAGGAAAGCGCCUAUCAUUCAAGCAAUGUUUACUAUUAACAAUGUUAAAUCGCAAGGAUGAAACAGAAGAAUGCAUUUGUGUGAUGCAUUGUUGCCAUUCACGUCUCUUCCCAUGGUAUGUCCAAACUGCAGUUUUCCUCCUAAAAUGGCGUGUUCUUUUUUAUUUGAAAAAAAUGAGAACCAUGCAGUGGUGCAUUCAGCUGCCCUACACCUGACCUCCAGCUGCCCUCCACCCGACCUUCAGCUGCCCUUCAGCAGAGCGCUGCCAGUGCUCCACCUGCUGGCUGAAGGGGUGUGUGAUGAGCGAGUGCGGAGGAGGCUCCGGCGCUGCGGCGUCCCGUGUGCUUCUGUUUCCGCUUCCUCUCAACCCCCCCCCCAGCAGCUCCGCCCCUCACUGCCCCUUCGGCUCCGCCCCUCCCCUCAUGGCUCCGCCCCUCACGACCCCUUCAGCUCCGCCCCUCACCUCAUGGCUCCGCCCCUCACGGCCCCUUCAGCUCUUGCAGCUCCGCCCCUCACGGCCCCUUCAGCUCCGCCCCUCACGACCCCUUCAGCUCCGCCCCUCACGACCCCUUCAGCUCCGCCCCUCACCUCAUGGCUCCGCCCCUCACGGCCCCUUUCAGCUCUUGUUUUAGUACAACGCAUGACAAAGAUUGCGAUGCCUGUUGCUCAACUAAAGGACUUUUUACAUGCACGUGAACAUGUGUCAAGAGGGUGUUGCAAUAGAAAGCCACUAAUAUGGUUCUAAUAUAUGAAUAUAUAAUUAUAUUUACACAAAGGACUGACAAAAUAAAAGUUAUUAUUGAUAUCAUCAUCUUAUGGACUCGAUAACAGCACUAAUGAAGGCAUUGUGUUAGUGGUUGUAGUCUGUAAGGCUUAAUCUUUUUUGCUGUUUUCCUUUUCUUUUGCUUUAGAAAGAAACGAAGCCUUAAUAAAUAAUAUCCAAUUAGAAAGCGUCAAGCAGUCUCUC